GUCGACGUGUUUGGAGGGUUGUUUCCUUUUCGCGAAAGUUACCGUUCGCCGUACACGUGUUGUCCUGGCUCAGCGCUGUUCUUCACGAAUAUCUCGGCCAGUACGCUAGAAUUCCGCAAGAUUUCUCUCUGAUAGAACAUGUCUGCCUACAAAGACCCGAAGGCCGAGGAAGCGGUGCCGCAAGCGGUCCACAAGAUCAGGAUCACGCUGUCCGGUCACCAUGUGCGCGCUCUCGAAAAGAUGUGUGCCGAUUUGGUUCGUUCGGCCAAGGAAAAGCAUCUGACCGUCAAGGGACCGAUGCGUAUGCCGACGAAGACUCUGCGAAUCACCACCCGCAAAACCCCCUGCGGAGAAGGUUCCAAGACCUGGGACAGGUUCCAGAUGAGAAUCUAUAAGCGUGUCAUCGACCUUCACUCGCCGGCCGAGAUCGUCAAGCAGAUCACAAAUAUCGUCCUGCAAUCCGGUGUUAAGGUCGAAGUCACCAUUGCGGAAUAAACACUGACCCCAUAGGGCCCCAUUCAUCUGACUGAGGUUCCCAAGGCUGUGAGGAGUCCCCAUUCCGUGGGAAUAAACUUGUCACGCCCAGAAAA